AUGAAAUUGGGUAGAUUGAUCAGGAUCAGGAUCAGGAGCCCAUUUGGAAUCACGAGAAACAUUCACAGUCACCGAGUUUUGCUGACAAUGAAGUUGUCUCAGCACUAUCAAACAUCGUUACAAAAUGAGAGAGCCAAAAGUUGGGAUAGCAGCGAAUUGUGUCAGUUGUUGUCGGACUCUGACGAGUGGGAUGACGAGCCUGCGUUGAAGAAAGUGAAACUGAAACCAACAAACACAUUGGAAUCUACAAUCUUUGAAUCAGGAAGUGAUGACGAUGAUCUAAUGAUAUUGCUGGAGCAGAAAGCCCCGGUUCGUGCAGAACUGCCCGCGACUUUGUUGCUAGACGAUGAGAAUACGAAUUUAGCUAGCAGACAUCAUAAAGUUCACACAGAGAGCAAGAAUUUGGAUACAAGUUCAAGCCAGGACAAGACACCAUUAGCAAGCUCAUAUCAAGCUUCAGACGCCUCUUAUGUACCGUCGAGCAAGGACGAAGUUAACGAAGUUGACGUGACAAAAGACACAAAAAGACCUGCAUUGAGGGCACGAAAUCAUGAGCUUGUAUUUCUUACGCAGCAAACAAAUAUGCAUGAGAAUAAUUCUAAAGAGGGUUCCGCGGAACCAGCGAGCCGAACUUCGACUGGAAUUGCGCGGAAACAAGUACAGGGGUUGGUUCUUAGUGAGGAACAAGAGUCGGUCAUCGAGCUUGCGAAGCAGGGACUUAAUAUUUUUUACACUGGUAGCGCAGGAACGGGUAAAUCUGUUCUUUUACGCGUUCUUAUAAAGACCCUGAGAAGAAUGUACGGACACGGAAGUGUGGCAGUGACAGCGUCAACGGGGCUGGCAGCCUGUAGUAUCGGAGGAAUCACGGUGCAUUCUUUCGCGGGAAUUGGUCUUGGAAUUGGGGAGCCGUCUAAACUAGUUCAAAAGGUGAAAAGAUCUAAAAAACAUGUCUUAAGAUGGCAAAAUAUUUCAGCUCUCGUCAUCGAUGAAGUUUCCAUGAUUGAUGGAGAGCUUUUGGAUAAGUUGGAUCAUGUUGCAAAGAAAAUCCGAAAAGACUCUUCACCUUUUGGAGGUAUCCAAAUCAUAUUAUCCGGUGACUUCUUCCAACUACCGCCUGUUAACAAAAAUCAAAAUCAGGAGAUCAAAUUUGCCUUCGAUUCGAGCGCGUGGAAAGAUUCUAUCAAUGCCACCAUUAUGCUCCAAAAAGUUUUCAGACAGCAAGGGGAUGGUCGGUUCAUUCAGAUGCUUAAUGAUAUGAGAAUGGGUAACAUCGAUUCGGAAACCGAACUUGAAUUCAAAAAGCUAUCUAGGCCCUUGCCAGACGAUGAAAUCAUACCCGCGGAGCUAUACAGCACGCGAAAUGAGGUCGAGAGAGCAAACAAUUCAAGACUUUAUAAUUUGCCCGGAAGGGUCAGACUUUAUCAGGCUAUUGAUGGUGGAGAGCUUUCAGAUGUGGAUGCGAAAGAAAAGCUGCUUGCCAAUUUCUUGGCGCCAAGAGAACUACAACUUAAGGUUGGCGCACAGGUUAUGAUGAUAAAAAACAUAGAUGACACAUUGGUGAACGGCUCACUCGGAAAGGUUAUAGAUUUCAUUGAUUCCGAUACUUAUUUGUUUUACGAAAAGCUACGAAGUAAUCCAGAUAUGAAAGAAGGAGAUCUUAACGUGCUACUUUCUGGGAAGCGAUUGCCCGACAUGCAUUCUGACGAUGAAGAUGAUGCGAAUCAGCGCGUUAAAAGGAAAAAGACGCUGAAGGGCACUUUCUGUAAAUCAGAUAAAGAUGAACCCGAAGAGAAAUUGGGCGAAACUAUCUUUGAUUUCUUAAGAGAUGGGAUUGACGCUACCGAUCCCCAAACCAUGGCAAACGCCGAGCGGAAAAGAAGGCUCAUUGAAGAACUACAUGAAAGUUCAUCUGCUCGGAAAUUACCCUUGGUUAGAUUUCUGACGCCAGAUGGAUCGUCAAGGUGUGUUCUGGUCCGACCAGAAGACUGGGCAAUAGAAGAUGAAAAUGAAAAACCGCUUGUGUCUAGGGUGCAGCUUCCACUGAUGCUGGCAUGGGCUUUGUCGAUUCAUAAAUCUCAAGGUCAAACUUUGCCCAAAGUAAAAGUCGAUUUGCGAAGAAUUUUUGAAAAGGGUCAAGCUUACGUUGCCCUUUCUCGUGCAGUCUCAAGAAGUGGAUUACAAGUCUUAAAUUUCAAUCGCUCGAAAGUGCAGGCACAUGGGAGCGUCAUAGAAUUUUAUAAGACGCUCUCGUCUGCACAUGAGGCCAAGAAGCGUUUUGAUAACUCUACUCGAAUACAACCGAAAUUGAAUUUUGCUCCAAAAACCAUUACAAAAGUACCGAAAAAGUCUGUUACGCGCCAACCAGUAGACAGAAUCAGCCUUCUCUUGGCGCAGAAGAACAACAGAAAGAACAUUGAGAUUAUGGAUAAUUCCUCGGCGUUAUAA